AUGUCCAAGAAUAAUUUCUUGAAAGACGUUUCCGCCUUACCAGACGACGUACUCAUAGAAAAUGAAAGAGGCAUAACGUUGCUUGGCUACCCAGUGUUUUCCCCCAAGAUCCUGGUGCCACCGUUUGACCCGCCUCAGUUUCAAAGACUAAACACGGAAAACGGCUCGCUAAUUCCCCUGUCAAAAAACACCAUAUCUAAUUUCACCGAACUGUACCCUAUUGAUCUGGCCACCGAGCGCGUUGCAGGCAAUGGCAAUUCACAGCAGACAAAAUGGUUUGUUCUGAUGGAUUUCGAUGAAAGAUAUGACAGCGAUGAUCAAGGUUGGUGCUACAGCUGGAACUUUAACAAUUCCAGGUGGAAAUCUAAAAAUGGGUUGGUUAGAAGAAGAGUCUGGGUGAGAAUAUCCGCUGCCAGUCAUUCACUAGACUAA